UCAGUUUGUUUAGAUUUAAAGCAAACGGCUGUUUAUAGUAAUAGGGAAAAAAAGAUCCGGACCAGUAAGCUGCACACGUAAUCGGCCACGCAUGUAGGUGAACUCUCAAGUGAAUGAGUGAUCAUCCUCUUUCAUCAGGUUGAAUAAUACAUGAUGAAUUCGAUGAUGGCAAAUAAAGCGACAAAAUACUCAUAUAUCAGGUUAAGGUGGGGGUUCUCUGAUGAGCGACAAAACUGCUUGGAACUGAAGUUUUUUUCCCAACCAAAGCCACCAAACUUUCUUGGCAUCAUGGCGUGUCCAUAUAGCUUCAUCACACUCGACGAACCUGCUGCAACUGCAUGCAACCACCCAAUCAACAGUUCACUCAGCCGAAUCAAUCGCAGACAAGACGACGGAAAUGGAAUUCAGCAGCAACGAGCUCGCCGGCCGUGGUCGUCCCCUGCGACAGCGGCGUUGCGGCCGCUGCCGCCGCCAGCUUCUUCCUGCUCUCCUCCUCCUGCUGCUGCUCGCCGUCGCCGGCCACUCCCCCGCCGCCGCCAGCAUCUUCGGCGGCGAUGCAGCAUCGGAGUGCAGCCGGACGUGCGAGUCCGAGCACUGCUCAGCGGCGCCGCUGAUGCGCUACGGCAAGUACUGCGGCGUCUCCUACACGGGGUGCCCCGGCGAGGCCCCCUGCGACGCCCUCGACGCCUGCUGCGCCGCCCACGACGCCUGCGUCCAGGCCACCGACAACGACUACCUGAAUACGUGGUGCAACCAGAGCCUGCUGGACUGCGUGGCAGCGGCGAGGCCGGCGGCGGCGGCGACGACGUUCGAGGGGAACCGGUGCAACGCGACGGAGGUCGCCGACGAGAUCGCCUCCGUCGUGGAGGCCGCCGUGUACGCCAAGGGCAUCCUCCACAAGCCGUAGCAGCCUGACAGCAGCAGGGUGCCCGUACGUGUCGUAGCUGACGCAGGCAGGCGCUCGAAAGGGAAAGCGGUGGCUGGAGCCGGUGGCCUAGAAAAAACGGCUUGCGUGUACACGACCUGCCCGACGUGGUCGUCGUCUUCUCGUCGUCCCUUUCUUUUUCCUUUUUUUUUUACCAAUCUAUAAAAGAUCAGAUACAGUGCGAUUUUUUUUUCUUGAUGAAGAUCAGAUACAGUGUGAUUUGGAUGAA